AUUUUUUUUUUUCAAAGAUGGCGUCAAUGCAGUUAACGGAUGAGGAGCUUUUCUUGGAAUUAAAGCGCUUCGGUUUCACCCCAGGCCCGGUUACAGAAAAUACGCGCCCAGUUUAUUUGAAGAAACUGAAGAAGUUUCGCGAAGAGCAACAGCAGCGAGGACCAAGACCGAGCAAAACCCGUAGCGGAUCAAUAGCCUGCACCGCUGGUGUCGGUAGCACUAUAGCGUCUAGGCCAGUCAGCCAUGACGUCACGCAUCUGAGCUCUAACAGGAGACCGGGACGGAAGUCUUGUGUCCUCGGCUUCAGCUCCGACGAGUCUGAUGUUGAAACUCAAGUGAAAGGUAAGGCCCUCGAUCACCGCGGUAAGGCGAACCGAAGCCCCUAUUUGCAACGACAACCUAAGAUAAGGCCGUUUACAGCAUUGAGCGUGGGUCGGAACAGUCAAUUUGACGCUGGGAGUACACCAAAUAUCUCUUCCACGGAAGCGGACGGACAGAGAAGUGUCUCGGUCGGUUGGGAAGUUGGUGCGAGACCCAGGCCCGAUACAAAAUGUAGGCAUGAUGACGAAGCGGGGGAUGAGAGCGAUUGUGAGCAGGAAUCGGAGAAGAACUCUCAUUGUUUAAAUGGCCGAGGAGCUUCUCGUCCAGAAAAUCUCACUGUGGAUUAUUCAGACUCGGAGGAAGAGGGCGUUGGGGAGCAUGGCGCCGGAAAGCGGGAUGGGUUGGAUGCUCGACGUGGCCGCUUGAUAGUGGCAUUCUCUUCCCACGCCGUCGAUCGAAGCUCUCAGACGGGAGGGAAGAGCAGUGAGGUUAACCCGCACGCUAGUCCAAACACGGUGGGAAGCCGAGCUGAAGACGAUAAAGGAGAUGAUGUAAAGAGAAGGGACUUAGACCUAUCGGGUGGCACCAUGAGCCACAGGUUUCCUAGGAAGCCCUUCUACGUGUCGUUUUCAGGGAGCCAUGGUGUUAAGGCCGGUAGGAGCAACCACGUUGACGGCAAAGAUGGAGCCCCUCGAAGCAACAGCACUAACAGGUUCAGCAUUGGUUUGAGAUCCCGCUUUUCUAACUGCAAUAGCCUGUCCCAGAGAUACAGGGGCAACCACGCUUUUCAUACCCCUACCCCCAACCACUCAUUUAGUCAUGCAGUGUUAAAGAAUACACUAUCUGUCCCUGAGGACGACCUACUCCAGCAGUUCAAAAGGGAAGAGCUACCAUCACCUGGUAGCUUUAGCGCUCACUACCUGUCAAUGUUCCUGCUCACUGCGGCCUGCCUCUUCUUUUUGCUACUGGGCCUCGUGUACCUUAGGAUGAGAGGGUCCGGAUCAUCGGAGGUGGAUGGAAUAGUUAGGAGCCACCCCUUUGGCAGUGAGUUUGACUCUUCUUAUGAGAAGACAGAGAAGGAUGUGAUCCUGGAGCUUCUGCUCAAUCUUCAUGACCACUUAGCCCUCAUUGCUGGCCAGCAUGACUGUGGAGACCAGCAGCAUCCAAAUAGGAGUGUGUCGAUUGAUGAGGCCUCUGCAUAUUUAGUGGCUCAGAAUCAGGAAUUUCAAAACUUCAUUUAUACCUCUCUGGAGUGGAUCGUCCGGACGGGCCAGGAUGUUGGUAUAAGGUUGACUGGACAAGUAGCUGAUGAUCCAGUGACUAAUGUGUCUGAGAUAUCUCGGCUGGAGUCCACACAUCCCAAGAUGCCCUUCACGUGCCGUUUUCGCCGAGCCUUUCUCACCGUGAUCAGCAGAGUUCUCCUCAUCACAGUUGUGGGAUGCUUUGUUUGGAGUGUGGUCUGCUACAUGAAGUAUCGCUGGAGGAGAGAAGAGGAGGAGACUAGGCACAUGUAUGAUAUGGUGGAAAAAAUAAUUGAUGUGUUGAGAACACACGGUGAUGCUUGCCAAGAAAACCAAGACCUGCAGCCCUACCUGCCAAUUCCCCAUGUCAGAGACUCCUUGAUUCAGCCACAGGAUAGGAAGAAAAUGAAGAACAUUUGGGAGCAGGCAGUGAAAUUCGUCACAGCAAAUGAGUCCAGGAUUCGAACAGAAACUCAAAGGAUUGGUGGAGCAGACUUCCUUGUUUGGAGGUGGAUCCAGCCUUCCUUCAGUUUUGACAAGACCUCCUCGAUGUCAUCCAAAGUCUGGCAGGGAAAGGCUUUCCCUCUGGACAGGAGGAAUUCGCCUCCCAACAGCCUGACCCCAUGUCUGAAAAUCCGAAACAUGUUUGACCCAGUCAUGGAGGUUGGGGAUAACUGGGAUCUAGCCAUCCAUGAGGCCAUCCUGGAAAAGUGUAGUGACAAUGAUGGUAUUGUCCAUAUCGCUGUUGAUAAAAACUCACGAGAAGGUUGUGUCUAUGUGAAGUGUCUCUCUGCAGAACACUCAGGGAAAGCCUUCAAGGCACUUCACGGCUCCUGGUUUGAUGGUAAACUGGUGACGGUCAAGUAUCUGCGUUUGGAUCGAUAUCAUCAGCGAUUCCCUCAGGCACAGGGCUGUUGCACACCACUGAAGGCCUCUUGCCUUCCCCUAAAAUUCCCCAGCACCGUGAACAAUGCGCCCCCCCAGCAGCACCAUGGCUCAGUCAACACUUCAGGCUUCUCAUGAGAUGAUUUUGAGCUUUUGAUGUAACAUUCUCUGUUGUGCCCUUCCACCAUCUCAGCACCAGUGUACUGUGGUUCCUUCACUGCUUUAAAACAGGGGCAACUUCAGUUUGUGUUGGAGGAGAGCUUUUUUUUUCACAACUUUGUUUUGUUUUGUUUUUUUCUAUUUUCGGCACAGCCAAUACUAUUCAGUGAUACUGUGUUUUCUAUAAUCUAUGUAAUUGAAAUGCCAUGGGUUUAAGAAAGAAGCAAAAUUGUUCUGGAAUGUUUAGGUUUGUGUGCAGAAACUCCAAUCUACCCUCGACUGUUCCACAGUUUUAACUGAUGUCAUUAUAGAGUUAAUUUGGGCACUGGAUAAAAAUGGCUGCAUGUAUAAGUAGGGCUUGAUCACAAUUUUUUUUGUACAACAUAGUGUGGUGGUUGAAUCCUUGGGUUUCCUAGUUUUUUGUCAUUAUUUAAAAUCAUUAUUUAGUCAAGUGAGGAAGAUGAGAGCAGACAUCUAUAGGUUGUGCUCUAAAUAAACAUGAAUUUAAGAACAA